UACGUUGUGUGUGUUUGUACUGGAGUAAGGGGACACAUACAGAUAGGCCUACCAUUACGGAAAGAUGUGAAGUAAGGACAAUUAAAACUGAACAGCACAGUCUCAUACAGGAGGUGAACCGCUGGAAUGGUGAAAUGACGUUCAAACAGCACUGGUGUUCUAUACUGUAAUACGUCGAAAAACAAAACACAUUCUGCUAGUAGUUGAAGUACUCACCUGUGACGAGUUAAAGCUAAUGUGUAUUUCAAUGAGCUAACUUUUGGAUUUACACUAGGAGGAUUAUACCGCCAGGCACAGAGGGUGUGAAUUUGUAAAUUAUUUUGUGGUGUAGUUGGUAAACAAUGUUGUGAGUGACCACUGGUCAGCGGUUAGUGAGUUAUGGACAUGAUCGGAAAACCGUAAAGUUGACCAAAUAAUCCGAAAUGGACUGUAUAACUCCCCUGGUGCUGAUGCUGGUCCUAACUGUGACGUCAUGUUAUGAGAUUGUCUACAACAUCGCAGAGGAGCAAGGUCAGGAUUUGUACCUAGGAAAUGUGGCCUCGGACGCUCAAUUAAUUACAGGUAACGGGUCAAAAAUUGAGUUACGGUACAGCCUCCUCACCCAAGGUAACCGAGACGCCCUACUUUUCCAUAUAAACGAAAGAACAUCCUCUCUUUAUACUGCCUCCGUCCUUGACCGGGACGACCUCUGCCAAUUUACCUCUUCAGACUGUAUCCUCAAUUUGGAGGUAACCGCCAUUUCCCCGAUCAAUGAUUUUUUCGAGAAAAUAAAAGUUCACGUGAGGCUAAUUGAUAUUAAUGAUAAUGAACCUACGUUUCCGGAAAGUCAGAUUACCAUGGAGAUAUCGGAAAAUUCCGGACAAGGAAAGUCCUUUCCGUUGGAAGGUGCUACAGAUGAGGACAGUGGACAGAACGCCGUCCAGGGUUAUAAAAUAGAGACCGCCAAUGUUCCGUUUACCUUGGAGACAACGGACUUUGCAGGCGGAAGGGCAUUACUCAGGCUAGUUGUGGACCAAGAACUUGACAGAGAAACACGAAGCAAAUACACCGUGACUAUUGCAGCAACUGACGGAGGAACGGAACCAAAAACAGGUACUGUUACUCUUCAUAUAACAAUCACUGACGUUAACGACAACCCGCCAAAGUUUCCGAAGGCCGUUUACAAUCGGACCAUACCGGAAGACAUCGUGCCAAAUAAUGUCAUUUUAACAUUCAAUGCGACGGAUCCGGACGAAAAUGAAAACGGUCGGGUAUUAUACCGGCUUAGUUCCCAUCAAUCGGACGAGAUCAGAAGACUCUUCAAAGUCGGCUUGACAACAGGGGAGUUAAGCGUUAUCAGCUCGCUCAUUGAUGAGAGAAGUACUUCCUAUAGAAUUAUUGUGGAAGCUUCUGAUAACGCCUCACAGCCGCUAAUCUCACAGGCGCAAGUCUAUGUCAGUGUCCAAGACACGCAUAACAACGCGCCUGAGAUAACGGUCAACGUCCUUUCACAGAGUUACUAUGCAGAGGUAUCCGAGUCCGCAGCCAUCGGCACCGUUUUAGCCAUCAUAUCGGUCAAGGACCCGGACAGUGGACAAAACGGUGUGGUCACCUGCUCAAUAAAUGACAAUAACUUCCGAUUGGUUGUUGAUAGCCCGUAUGAGUACAACUUCGUUCUGGACCAAAUUUUGGAUAGGGAGAUGACCGAAUGGCAUACUGUUGUUGUUGAAUGUCGAGAUUACGGUACACCAAGACUUAAUACAAGUUCUCGGAUCUUGGUUCGAGUCCUUGACAUAAACGACAACCCGCCUCAGUUUACCAAGGCGAUAUAUUACGUGAAUGUACCGGAGAACGAUGCACCGAACAGUGGGAUACUACAGGUACAGGCAACAGACAGUGAUAGCAUUGUGCCAAGUAGUUACAAUUAUUCUCUAACUCUGCCCGAAGAAUACAAAACCUUCUUUAGAAUAAACAAAAAUAGCGGUGUAAUAACGGCAAUCAUUUCUUUAGACAGGGAAGCAACUCCGCGUAUAACAUUUGGAGUGUUUGCUGAGGACGGUGGGUCGCCAUCUCUGACCGGAAGCGCCCUGGUGGAGGUAAACGUUAUUGACAGGAACGACAACUCCCCAAAAUUUACCCCGACUUCAUUCGAGUUCGUCAUACCGGAAAAUCAGGUACCGAAUGUUUCGGUGGGUAAACUCACUGCCCAUGACAGCGACGCGGGAAACAAUGGUGAAGUGUCAUUCUCACUCACGUCAAAUACUGACAUUUAUUUACCUUUCGACGUGUUAAGAAAUGGUACUAUUCUGGGGACUCGGACACUGGACAGAGAGUUAAUCGCUAAGUAUAACUUUACGGUCAUUGCUUACGACCACGGGUCAUCGCCCUUGACCAGUACCGCUGACGUCACGGUCAUCAUACAAGACAUCAAUGAUAAUGCGCCCAUCAUUACAUUUCCCAGCAUCAGUGGGGACCUGUUAUAUGUAUCUUCUGAUACCCUCCCCAACACAAUCAUCGCGACCAUUAAGGCCUACGACAACGACGAUGACGUCAAUGCAAAACUUUCCUACUUCGCUGAGAACAGUAAUAUGACUAGACUAUUUUCGGUGAACAAAUUUACCGGGCAACUAUCGCUGUCUCGUCAAGUAAGUCAUUCUGAUAUUGGCACAUACGACUUGUCAAUCUUAGUCCAAGAUGGCGCUAAGCCCCCGAGGUCCCGGUUUCGCACCUUGACCGUCAUUAUUACGGAUUCCAGCAGAAAUCCGGGAGAAGACCCGUCGGCUAAGAUUAAGUACUUCGCCAUUGCCAUCGCUAUUUCAUGUGUGACAAUUGUUCUAUCCAUUCUUAUUAUUCUUGCGAUCUGUCUGAUCAGAAGGAAAGAUCGACAGCGGGAUUCUAAGUACCCGGAGAGUGUGUCUACUAACUCAACAAUAGACACGGUACCGGAACAAAAUAAUCCGGAUAUCAAGGUUAAUGGGAUUUAUACAAGGGAGACCAUUCACAAGUCUCUGACUGACACCCUCCCGCGGAAUACUGACACCUUGCCAAGAACAGACAACUCGCCAAGGGCACUUGCUACACUGGAGCGAAUUAAGAAAACGAAGUCUCCAAGCCGCACACAGCCGGAAAUAAUAUCAGACUCAGUAGCUAUUUGGGAUUGGAGUGAGCAAGAAGCGCACGUAGACGGUAUGGGAGGGAUCAUCCGCCAGACACGCCCCUCCCAGCCUUCCUACCCCUCCCAUAUCCCACAGACCUUCAUCACCCUUUACCCCGACCAGUCGAGCUUCGAACAGACGGCGGAGGUCGUGUGAUGCCAAAGUAAAUGACACCGCAGAGGGAUAUUAAGACAUAGAAAAAAAACGACAAAUUUACAUAAUAUUUGAACAUAGUGAAAGUAUGGUAAAAACCACCAAAUUAGUUCCAUUGUUUAACAAACAAAAAUCAUAUAGCGUCAUCAAAUCCUUCCUAUGACGUAUAAUGAAGUAGUCAGCGCCCCCUGGUGUCGAUAACCUGACCAAUGACAACGACGACGAAGACGUCACCUUUCCGCCGGAUUACGAUUGUGUGGAUACCGAACUGUCAGCUUCGAG